GAAGUCCAAAGUAAAGUAUUGUUAGAUGAUAAAUGUUGAUUUUAUGUAUUAUAAAAAUGUUUUUUUAUGAAUCAUUCUAUAUCCAGUGUUAUAAUAUAGUUAAUUUAAAUGAACAUGUUUCUGUACAAAGAAGAUACGUUGUUUGAUGGAUCAACUCCCAGGCAUAUUGUUUAGAGAGCAAGACAGAGAACUUGCUGAAGGAUAGUGUCACUAGUGUCCCUUCUACUGGUGGCUAGUUAGUAAUUGUAUUUGCUCUUCUCUUUCAGGAUCAAGAUUCAAGUUUGAACCUCAAGAAUGUUCUCCUUAUUGGCGAAAGUUGCUUCGACAAUCUGGGAUUGGAGUGCCUUUGCUGGUCAUAAAGUGAAAAUAAAGGACACAUCUGAAACCGUUGUAACUCCUUUGAAACAGAAAGUAAUCAGAGGGACAGUGACCAAUAUAAACUCUUUAGAAUCUUAUGGCCUUAUAAAUAAAUGUGUUUACUUCAGUUUUGACACAGUUUAUGGUGAUGUAAAACUUUCAAUCGGUGAUCUCGUUCUAGUCCGUGCCAAAAGGGAAGAGCUUCAUCAUUCUUGGCAUGCUUAUUAUGUUGAAUUAUUGCCUAAGAAAAAACCUAAACCAAAUCCUUUGACAUCUAAUAAUAAAAACUGUGCUGUUCCUAAACAAACUAUGGAGCGUGUCGAUACUAUUGAACAAAUUGUUGCCGAGUGUAAUGGACACUAUGGCAAAUUGAAAGAUGGAGAUAAAUUUAGCGUUGAGGAUGGAGAGAUUGAUUUUGUUCCUGUUGUUGGUGAUGUUUUAGUUGUGUCAAUCAGUUAUUAUGAUGGAGGGCGCAAAGUGACAUCAUGGAAACCAAAAGAAGUCAAAUGCAUUGAUGGUGAAGUAACAGCUUGUGAAAAUGAUUGUGGUGUAAUCAAUAAUGAGGUAAUGUUCUUUCGAGCUUCUUGCCGCCGUAAAGUCAAAUUAUAUGUUGGACAAAAAGUAUCUGCAAUGAUUGCAUCAAGUGAACAAGGACUCUUUAAAUGGCGUGCAUUUUCUUUAAGUUCCUCUAUUGAAGAAUCAGAUAUAAGUUAUGAGACUGUAUUACGAAAGCCUGAGCUAAGUAAAAUGGAAGGCAUCAUUAUUACAGAACCUUUGAAUUUCGAAAACGUUUAUUUAGGGCAACAUAAUUGUAUUGAAGUUGCCUUGCAGAAUAAUUUACUGAAGGAUUUAUCGGUUUGUGAUUGUUACUUUCAAAAGAAAAAUAGCAUAUUUUACCUCAGUAAAAAUAGCAAUUCUGUUAUAAUUCCUAAGAGCUCAUGCAAGAUAUUAUCUAUUCAUUGUAAAACUGAAGCUAUUGGACAGCAUGAAGACUCUUUGUUGAUAGAAUUUUCGGAUUUCAUUAUUAAGCGUACUGUGACUGCCAAUGUGGUAGAUCCUUUACAGCACAUAUUAAAACCAACUGCGCCCUUUUCUUACAAAAAUAAAUAUGACAGCAAACCUUUGGACUGUGAAAACUUAAUAAUUAUACCUGGGAGGAAGCCUUACAAACCUGUAAGUUGUUUUCUCAAUAAACUUCCUCCUUGCAACAUCCCUCGGAAUUUACUGAAGGCUGUUCAAAACCGGGAAGACCUUAACCUCCACGUACCUUGGCUCUUUCAGAGUUUAACUAUGAGGAACUAUGUAUCAAAAUUUAAAGCUCUUCUUCACUUAGAGGAAAUACAAGUUCGUUUUGAUAUGAAGAAGUUUGAUUUGUCUGAAGCAAUUCUUCUGAAGAAAGGGGAAUACAUGAGUCUUGAAGUUAAUGGCCUGGCAGAAGGCCGUCCAUCUCUAAUCAUUGGUGAUAAGGCAAUACUUGUGCCUCCUUAUAAUGCAUCAAGUUUUGCAUUUGAAGGCUGUAUCCAUGAAGUUCGAUUGAAUGAAGUUCUUUUGAAGUUCAGCGAUUCCUUUCAUAAUAGCUAUGAUGGAGAAUGUUACAAUGUUCGUUUUGAACUCAACAGAACUAAUUUUCGAAGACUGCAUCAAUGUGUGCAUCAUGUUUCUGAAAAUCAUGAGUAUGCAAUAUUCCCUUCUUUUCUGAAGCUCAAACCACCUCUUAAGGAUGUCAUUUCUGAGAAGAAGCAAAAAUUUCAAGAACCGCCAAAGCGGCAGAAAACGCAUGCAAAACAACUCGGUGAAAAAUCUAUUAUUCAGUGGAAAAAUACAAAAUUGAAUUGGAAACAAAAAGAAGCUGUUAUGAGAAUACUCGAAUGUCGUUGUAGACCUUUACCGUACAUAAUAUUUGGACCGCCCGGAACCGGGAAAACUGUAACCUUAGUCGAAGCUGUUCUCCAAGUGUACGAAAACAUUUCUGAUUCAAAAAUUAUUAUUUGCACUCCUUCUAACAGUGCUGCUGAUCUUGUAGCUCAGAGAAUUUUGGAAAGCAACAAUAUUGAUGCAAGCGAAAUGAUUAGACUGAACAGUUACCAACGAAGAGAAGAGACAAUACCUGAGUUUAUCAAGCCGUAUUGCCAAGAUAAAGAUUCUUUGGAUUUUGUGACACAGUAUCGUAUUGUGAUUAGUACAUGCUCCACUGCAGGGUCACUUUAUACAAUUGGGUUAUGCAAUGAUUUUUUCACUCAUGUCUUCAUAGAUGAGGCUGGGCAAUUGAUGGAACCGGAAAGCGCCAUUGCAGUUGGUUUUAUUGAUUCACAGACUCAUGGGCAAGUUAUUAUGGCUGGAGAUCCUCAACAGUUAGGACCUGUUCUACGCUCAAAAUAUGCCAUAACUUAUGGUCUUCAAGUGUCAUAUCUUGAACGCCUCAUGAAUACUGCUUUGUAUGCCAGAAAUGAACAAGCAUAUGGUAAAUAUGGUGGCUAUAAUCCAAUAUUGGUAACUAUGUUGGAACAAAGUUAUCGCUCUCAUCCGAACAUUUUGAAGUUUCCUUCUGACAUGUUCUAUUUCUCAAGAGUAGUUUGCUGUUUCACUGGUGAUCAAGCGUUAAGUGAAUGGGGUGAACUUCCAACCAAAGGAUUUCCGGUCAUCUUUCACGGCAUCAAAGGUGAGGAAUUUCGAGAGGAGAACAGUCCCUCAUGGUUUAACCCUACUGAGGUUGUCCAAGUCACCAAAUACUUGCAGAAGCUGUAUGACUUUGGGCUGACUCCAGAUGAUGUUGGAAUCAUUGCCCCUUACAAAAAGCAAGUAGAAAAAAUGCGCUUACUUCUCACUGCUCUCAACUUGGAAUUUUGCAAGAUUGGAUCUGUUGAAGAAUUUCAAGGGCAAGAACGACGAGCCAUCAUCAUAUCGACUGUUAGGUCAUCAGACCAAUUUGUUAACUGUGAUAUACUUUAUAACUUAGGGUUUAUUAGCAACCCAAAGAGGCUAAAUGUUGCUAUUACUCGGUCACAAGAAUUGCUGAUUGUUGUCGGUAAUCCAUAUGUUUUGUCGCAUGACUUAUAUUGGCAUUCGUUUAUACGAUAUUGUGUGGUAAAUGGAUGUUAUACUGGAUGCGAAUUACCAUUGUCUUUUGUACAGAGUAAAGACUCCAGUUGAGUGUAAAACUGUUGCAUUUUAUUUUUGCUGACGUACCCUAUGUUUUAAGGAAAAAUCGGCAUUCUUAAAAAUCUUAAGUGAAUUAUUUUGUUUCAUAUUUUUUUCUAAAGAGGAAUUGUUUUGUAAAUAACUAGUAAAACUGUACUUAUUCUGCAUUUUUUCCUUCUGUACAUACACUAUGCUAUUUUAUAUUUUAAUAAUCAAAACUUGUACAUACAUAUCUUGAAAGGUACCUAAUUGUCUAACGAAUCAUUGGGUAAUUUAUUUUUGAUGUAUAACAAAUAGAGUUAAGGGAAAAAAGAAGGAAACUGUCUAGUAUACUAUACUGCAAGAAUAACAAAGACUAUUUGUCUGCAAAUGCUCUAACUUGAAGUUGUAAUUUAUCAUUUAUGUUCGAAAUAAGAGACAAUUAUGUACAAUACUCAAGCUGCUAAUAUUUUAGUUUUCAUGAUAUAUGAUUACUAUUCUUUUCAAACUAAAAGCUGUUUCCCAGUAUAUAUGAUAUGCCCAGUAACUGGCAAUAAGUUUGUAUUUUGCUGCUACUUGAAAUAGUUUCAUUACACAUUGCAAUAUUUCUGCAUUUAAAAAUAUGAUUUGAAAUGUGUUUUUCUUUCAUUAAUGUAAUGUAUUGUUUAUAAUUUUAAAUGCAUAUUUAAACCUUUAACACAAUCUGGUUUCUUAACUGCAUUUCUUUAAGCUUACUUUGUUAAGCUGUUCGAGGGGAAUUGUUUUCAGUUUGUUGAAAUAUGGAUUUUAUUUUAACAAAAAUAUUCUUUAUCAUGUAAAAGUAGGAGUAAUUGUAUUGCAGUUACUUGCCAAAAUUGCAGUUGCUUUCAUCAUAAAAACUCAUGCCGGUUUCCCCAAUUAGUUUAUAAAAUUAAUACCCAGGUUGUAGUUGUGUACCAGAGCAAAGUGUCUUGAUUUUUCUUCUGCCAUUUUUGAAAAGCUAAUAUUUAAUCAUGAUGCAAAAAUAAAUUAGGAAGAAGCUUUAAAAUAUACUGCAUAGUUUGUCCUUUAAAGCAAUCCAUUUUCAACCUUAAAUAGAAAAAAAAUAUAUUUUUUUUUCAUUUAAGAAACUGUUGUAGUGUCAUUACAAAACACAGCAUACUCGUGUAUGUAUAUAUGUAUGUGUUUUUUUGUGCACAUACUUAUUAUCAUGAAUCUCUGAAGUGUAUGCAUACUUCUUGGAGAGGUAGCUGAAUAUUAGACAAAUCAGGUUUGAAUAACAAUGUAUUGGUGGAAAUGUGACCAUCACACUCUAGGGUACUAAAAAGUUGUAGAACCAAUAAAACUUGGCAGUUGGCGAUCACCCAAACAGAGUAGAAUGCAAGUUUUUUGUAAUCUCACUUAGCAUAUGAAAUGGGCUUCUCUAAUGUGCAAGUCACUGUUUGCUUCUAAAAAGGAAAAAAAAGGACCUGAUAAAUUGAAAGAUUUCAUCUGUGCCACAACAUCUUUAUGUAAUUGACACUUGUGCUAGUAAUAUAGCCAUCCCAGAAGUCUUUACAUGCUUAAGUGACUCAUUUUGUGUGAUAGUACAUAAAGGGUUAUUGAUCAAGAGCAAAACUUCUGAGUGCAUAACCUAUGAAUAUUUUAAAGAAAUUAUGUGUAUCUUACAUACUGUAGUGGAGUCUACCAUUAUCGUACUCAGAAUUCAGUGUCCCCCCCUCAUAAGAAUUUAAAUUUUUUUAAAAAGCAUGUUAUUUUUUCAGAGCGUUCGCCCUCAUACCGCUUACGUCCCCCCCCGACCCUGUCGCUGUUGGGGUUACGGGGGGGGCGGGGGUUGCUAUGUACGCCCCUGGGUUCUUUGAAUAUUAUGUAUGAAAAUUGCCCUAAUACCGUCCACAAUUCUGCUAGUACUUACAGUCUUUUAAUGAAAAUUUUCAUAAUUUCUCGGUAAACCUGAACUUCUAGCUCUGAAAUUGUCACCUGAAUCUCAACCUUGAGCUGUAGAAGUGAUCAUGACUUUUCGGCAUACACACAAGAUUUCAAAUAUCCAUACUAAAAGAAAUUGCAUGGUAUCAAAUCACAAGAUCUAGGCAGCCAAUUAACUUGACUAUUGUGAGAAAUCAUUUUUUGUCAUUAAAUACUCCAUAUGCUUCAUUAUUAGGAUUGAAUGAAAAUCGUGCAGCAUCCACUGCUGCUAACUUAUGCGAACCGAAAUUUAGGACUUUUAGAGGUUAUGCUCUUUGUCGGCACUCCUUAUUGUAACUUGCAAUUUCUGAUUGACUUUUCUCAAAAGCUUUAGCUUACACUAAUAUAAAACCAAUUCAUGAAAUAUGUAAAUCAUUAUAUUUCAUUCACAUAUUUACUUGAAUUGCUGUUUUAGCGUGUUUUAAGUAUACACUAUUGUAUUUAUCAAUAUUUUUUGAAAGGAAUACAAGUGUAUACAGUUCACCAUAGUUGCCCUUAAUUUUUUGAUAGAGAUGCUUAAGAAAUUUGUACCCUUAUGAAUUGGUCCAAAAUAUUACUUUUGCAAACUGAUAUUUAACUUCUGCUUUGAUGACUCCUGCUUUUGUAGUCAUGUGAUGAUUAAAAGUAGGUGCUACUCCUGAAAAAGACUGAUAAAACUUGCCCCGAUUUUGAUUUAUGGGUGAAACUUCGAAUUUUUUCAAGCAGCUUUUUAUUUUCCUCAAUUUUACUUGUCAGCAGGACUAAAAGCUAUUUCAAACCACCUUUUUUUCUCUUGUUAAAUUUUACUUUUGAAUCGGUAAUACUAUAUAUUAUUGAAACAAUUUUGUCUAAAGAAGUUUUAAUUUUGCCUAAUACAACACUUCUUUCAAACAAAUGCUAAACGUUUUUUUGUGAACUUAAUUUUGGGCAGCAGUAUAGAUUAUAUUGCAUGUGAAGUGAUUUAUCCUUUUUUCUCAAAAUCUCACUAUGUGAUUAAAAAACAAAUAUUUGUUAAUAAAAAUUUGUUCUGAAUUUUUGUAAUUUCAAAAUUGUGCUUCCUAUUAAAAAUACUUGCAUACAUCAAGCAAUCAAAUUUUUUUGAGACAUGUCGUUAUAAGUAAUGUAAGGAAUUUAUAUUUGCUCAUUUAAAAAAAUCCCAUUUGGGACCUGAACUUUAGAAACAGUUUUCAUUGAAAGAUCUGUUACCUUGUAAAUUAUGCCGACAUAUUUUUUAUUUUGUAAGAAAAUAUAUUAAAGGUCUGAAAA